CCCGGCGCCCCGGCAGCCUGCGCAGGCGUUUGGCGGAAAAUGGCAGACGACAUCGACAUCGAAGCCAUGCUCGAGGCUCCUUACAAGAAGGAUGAGAACAAGUUGAGCAGUGCUAACGGCCAUGAAGAACGAAGCAAAAAGAGGAAAAAAAGCAAGAGCAGAAGUCGUAGUCAUGAACGAAGAAGAAGCAAAAGUAAGGAACGAAAGCAAAGUCGAGAUAGAGAACGGAAAACGAGUAAAAGUCGUGAAAGGAAGAGAAGUAGAAGCAAAGAAAGAAGACGGAGUCGUUCAAGAAGUCGAGAUCGCAGAUUCAGAGGCCGCUACAGAAGUCCUUACUCCAGACCAAAAUUUAACAGUGCCAUCCGAGGAAAGAUUGGGUUGCCUCAUAGCAUCAAAUUAAGCAGAAGACGUUCAAGAAGCAAAAGUUCAUUCAGGAAAGACAAGAGUCCUGUGAGAGAACCAAUCGAUAAUCUAACUCCUGAGGAAAGAGAUGCAAGGACAGUUUUCUGUAUGCAGCUGGCAGCAAGAAUUCGACCACGGGACUUGGAAGAGUUUUUUUCUACAGUAGGAAAGGUUCGAGAUGUGAGGAUGAUUUCUGACCGAAAUUCAAGACGUUCCAAAGGAAUUGCUUAUGUGGAAUUUGUUGAUGUUAGCUCUGUGCCUCUAGCAAUAGGAUUAACUGGCCAACGUGUUUUAGGAGUGCCAAUCAUUGUACAGGCAUCCCAGGCCGAAAAAAACAGAGCUGCAGCAAUGGCAAAUAAUCUACAAAAGGGAAGUGCUGGGCCUAUGAGGCUUUAUGUGGGCUCCUUACAUUUUAACAUAACAGAGGACAUGCUUCGGGGAAUCUUUGAGCCUUUUGGAAGGAUUGAAAGUAUCCAACUCAUGAUGGAUAGUGAAACUGGUCGAUCUAAGGGUUAUGGAUUUAUUACGUUUUCUGAUUCAGAAUGUGCCAAGAAGGCUUUGGAACAGCUUAAUGGAUUUGAAUUAGCAGGAAGGCCAAUGAAGGUUGGUCAUGUUACUGAGAGAACUGAUGCUUCUAGUGCUAGCUCAUUUUUGGACAGUGAUGAACUGGAAAGGACUGGAAUUGACUUGGGAACAACCGGUCGCCUCCAGUUAAUGGCAAGACUUGCAGAGGGUACAGGUUUGCAGAUUCCACCAGCAGCACAACAAGCUCUACAAAUGAGUGUCUUUGGUGCUGUGGCAGAAUUCUCUUUUGUUAUAGAUUUGCAAACAAGACUUUCUCAACAGACGGAAGCUUCAGCUUUAACUGCAGCUGCUUCUGUUCAACCACUUGCAACACAGUGCUUCCAACUCUCUAAUAUGUUUAACCCUCAAACAGAAGAAGUCGGAUGGGAUACAGAGAUUAAAGAUGAUGUGAUUGAAGAAUGUAAUAAACACGGAGGAGUUAUUCAUAUUUAUGUUGAUAAAAAUUCAGCUCUGGGCAACGUGUAUGUGAAAUGCCCGUCCAUUGCUGCGGCCAUUGCUGCAGUUAAUGCAUUGCAUGGCAGGUGGUUUGCUGGUAAAAUGAUAACAGCAGCAUAUGUACCUCUUCCAACUUAUCACAACCUCUUCCCUGAUUCUAUGACAGCAACACAACUACUGGUUCCAAGUAGACGAUGAAGGAAGAUAAAAGUCCCUUAUGUAUAUAGCUUUUUUCUUUGAGAAUUCAUCUUGAGUUAUCUUUUAUUUAGAUAAAAAAAUAAAGAGGCAAGGGUCUACUGUCAUUUGUAUACAAUUCCUGUUACCUGGAAAAUAAAAUUGUAAACAGGA